GGGCAGCCUUGAAAUAGCAGAGGCGGGUUCCAAGCCCGCAGUGCCCCGCUCCCGACACCAUGGGUGGCAAGAAGGUUUGCGUCGUGGGCUCUGGCAACUGGGGCUCGGCCAUCGCCAAGAUCGCCGGCAGCAACACAGCUCGGCUGGGCAGCUUUGAGAGCCAGGUGAACAUGUGGGUGCUGGAGGAGGAGGUGGGCGGCCGGCGACUCACGGACAUCAUCAACACGGAGCACGAGAACGUCAAGUACCUGCCGGGGCACAAGCUGCCCCCCAACGUGGUGGCAGAGCCAGACCUGCUCAAAGCCUGUGCAGGGGCCGAUGUCCUCCUGUUCGUGGUGCCCCACCAGUUCAUCGGCAAAGUCUGUGACCAGCUCAAGGGCCACGUGAAGAAAGAGGCCAUUGGGAUGUCACUCAUCAAGGGCGUGGAUGAAGGACCAGAUGGGCUGAGGCUGAUCUCAGACAUCAUCCAUGAGAAACUGGGAAUAGAAAUGAACGUGCUCAUGGGGGCCAAUAUUGCCAAUGAAGUGGCAGAAGAGAAGUUCUGUGAAACCACCAUUGGCUGCAAGAACAUGAAGCACGGGCAGAUGCUGAAGGACCUGAUGCAGACCCCCAACUUCCGUGUGUCGGUGGUGCAGGAAGCUGACACUGUAGAGAUCUGUGGGGCUCUCAAGAAUGUGGUGGCUGUAGGAGCCGGUUUCUGUGAUGGGCUUGGCUACGGGGACAACACAAAGGCUGCCGUGAUCCGCCUGGGCCUGAUGGAGAUGAUUGGCUUUGCCAAACUCUUCUGUAAGGGCCCUGUCACCUCCUCCACCUUCCUGGAGAGCUGCGGCGUUGCUGACCUCAUCACCACCUGCUACGGGGGCCGCAACCGCAAGGUGGCCGAGGCUUUUGCCAAGACUGGGAAGUCCAUCGAGCAGCUGGAGAAGGAGAUGCUGAAUGGGCAGAAGCUGCAGGGUCCCCAGACAUCUGCUGAGCUGCAUCGAAUCCUCAAGAGCAAGAAUGCAGUGGAGAAGUUCCCCCUCUUCACUGCUGUGUAUCGGAUCUGCUAUGAGGGAAAACCUGUCACUGACUUCAUUGCGUGUCUGCAGAACCACCCUGAGCACAUGUAAGGGGCUCUGCCUGCAGAGCACAGGUGCUGCUGAGAUGUGCUGAGAGCUCCUGCCCACACCAACCUCAUCUGCUGACACAGCCUUGGAAGGAGUCCAGGUCUCCUGGGAGCCUCUGCAGACUGCUGGAAGAGCAGAGGUUCCCUUCCCCAGCCCCAGCCACUGCCCUGGACACUGAGCCUGGCACAGAGGUACCUGCUGACAUCUUCCUCUCUAUGGAGUGCUCGUUUAGUUGCUGCUGCUAAGGUUUGCCCUCAGCAUCUUCCUAAGGUUUGCAGGGCUGAGCAUCUUCCUCCUUCCACUUCCUCACAGUGGAUUCAGCUCUGGGAAGGACUCUGCCAGGCCAUCAUGAUAGAUAAGGGCUGGGCACUGCCUGGCAGGGAAAAUAAGUGUCCCAAGUCGUCUCUCUUCACCCCAUGGGUCACGCUGGGUGACACCAGCUCUUCCCUACCUGCUGCUGCUUUUGCAUUCCCUGUCUGGUGGAGAGGGCAUAGUCCCCUGCCAGGCUCCACCUGGUGAGUGGAGCUUUCAGGACUUCCAAAGGCACUGAGGAUCUUUCUAAGCAGCACCAGCACAGACAAUGGCAUUCCUUGCCACCCCGCCAUGUGCUGCUUCCCCCCAGCUGCUCCUGCUGACCUGGGACACUCUGGAGCUUGUUUGUUUAGAGGUUUUGCUCUCUCCAUCAGACCUGGCCCCAGCCCUGGGGAGCUCCCCUGUUGUCACAGGAGGAAGGAGGUCUCACACUUUCCCUCAUGUGGGGAUGCUGCAAGCUGCCCUCUGUCACGGGGGCAGGAACAGGCACAUGAUCCACAACAGGUACAUGGAGAUGUCCAACAUCCCAGGACAGGACAGAGGUCUUGGGCCUCACACUGAGCCUGUGAAAUUUACCCCUUGUCCGGACAGGUGCCACAUGUCCCUCUGCUCCUCUGAGCUGUUUGCUCAGGCCAGAGUGUCCAGCAGUCACUGAUCCUACCUGGGCUGGAAGGCUGGAAUGCUGCAAGGCUCCCUGUUCUCCCCCAUUCAAGUCCCAGAGCCAAGGAGUCUCUGACUAGCAGUGUUCCUUUGAAAUAACAAUAAACAUGGAGAGGAGAUAGGA